AUGCUUCUUCGUCUUCGUCUUCCCCCAGCUGCUGAUAGUGGGGACCUGCAAACUGAACAUGGGCUUGGCGGGGGCGAUGGUUUUGCGUGCAGCAUUUGUCGCCGGCGACUGAGAGAGUUGUCCGAGAAGAGGGAAUCGUUGCCGACCCAACGCCGCCAGCUGGUGGAAGGGAGGCUGGCUUCCAUUUCCUGUGCUAAAAUUUUGCCCAACCAAACGGGUCCUAACUCUGUGAGCUGUUCUCCUUGGAGGUGCUUUCGAAUGAUUUCAUCUAAAGAAAAUGCAUUUUGGGGAUGGAUUUUUAUAUCACUUGGCUCUAUAUUCUUUGUUGGGUACUUCUUUGCUGCAAUUAUUUCCAAGCUUCUCCCACCUUCAAAUAUAGCGAUAGUAUCUGCCAUGCAAAAUGACUGGUAUUACUGCUUCUUGGUGCCGUUGACUCUGCCUAUAGUUGUGGUUGCUGUAUACUUUCAUUGGCUCAGCAUGAAGAUGUUCAAGCAUGCUUAACGUCUAAUUAUUCAUCCGAUCAUUAUUUGGAGCUGGAGGCACGCAGGAUUUCUUUCUGCUUCAAAACUGACAUUUAAUUUGGUCCCUGUAAAUAUAAUUAACACUUGUUCCCUAAUCAUGUCCUAUGUUUCAAAAGCCUAUAAAUUUAUCCUCAUGGUUAUCUUUCUUUUUCUUUUCCUUUUUCCUUUUUCCUUUUUUCUUUCUGUGUGGCGCCAAUCCCUAUUGUAUAUGAAAUACUAAUAAUUAUCUGAAGAUUGAACAUCAUCAUCGGUUGGAUUCAAAUGUCA